AAAUGUUAUUAAAUUUACAUAAAAAAUCAUGGAUGGAUGGUUUAACAAUACAAGAUUUUAAUCAACAUAGUGAACAAAAUGCAAGUGUUGUUAAACAAAUGCUUGAUUUAUCGAAAAAUUAUAUAAAAUCAUUGGAAGAAGAAGAAAAAAUGACACCGGAACAAUUAGCUAUAAGAAAUGUUGGUAAACAAGAUCCAAAACGACAUUUAGAAGAAAAUGUCGAUGCAUUAAUGACAUCUAAUAUUGUUCAAUGCCUUGCUGCUAUGAUGUCAUUAGUUGUAUUCAAAUAA